CAGGGUGAGACAGCCUCUCUCUCUCCUCCACCUGCACCUCGUCUCUUGGUUCACUCGCAAACACGCCUCCCCAGGAGCGACCAGCGGACUCACACCCCGGGGGGGAUGCCCGCCGCCCUCCGGGCUUCAACUUUUCUCUUUUUUUUGUGGGAGACUGGAACAAACGUUCAGGGAUCACUUUUUAAAAAAAAUGUUUUUUUAAUGUGUUGCCUGGAAGAAAACCCGUCGGCAUAUUAGCCCCCCCCUCCCUCCCUCCCUCCCCCUUCCUCUCUCUCGUUCUCGCUCUCUUUUCUCCUUCAAAAGGAAUUUGUGAAGCCAUCGGAUUGUUUAAUUUUUCCUCCAACACGGCUCCAAAAGAGGCGCAGCAACUUUUGCUUCCCUUCUCUCCGCUCGGGACGUCAGCGGCGUAGCUGGGGGGGGGGGGGGGGAAAGGCAAAGGAUUUAGAUCUCCGUGGGCUACCUGCAUGGCUGUUACCAUGGCAGCAUCUGGCGCCCAGCUCCUCCUGCUGGCCCUGUGUGUUUACCGAGGCUCGGCCCUGCAGCAGUCGGCUCCGCGGAUCCGCCUCUCCUUCAAAGAGCUUUUGGACACGAGGGCAGCGCGGCCUUUCAGUUUCUCCUUCAACACCAGCGACUACCGCAUCCUCCUGAUGGAUCAGGAUCAGGGCCGUCUGUACCUGGGCAGCCGCGAGUACCUGGUGGCUCUGGACAUGCACAACGUCAACAAGGAGCCGCUCAUCAUCCACUGGCCGGCAUCUGCUAAGAGAAAGGGAGAAUGUCAGAUGACAGGAAAGGGAAGACAGGGGGAAUGUGCCAACUUUGUGCGGCUCAUAGAGCCGUGGAACCGCACCCACCUGUACACCUGUGGAACGGGGGCGUACCAGCCCAUCUGCACAUUCAUCAACAGAGGCUGGAGGGCGGAGGACUACCUGUUUAGGCUGGUCCCUGGGUACGUGGAUUCAGGGAAGGGGAAAUGUUCCUAUGAUCCCAAACAGGAGAACAUUGCCGUCCUGAUCGAUGGUAACCUGUAUGCGGGGGUCCAUAUCGACUUCAUGAGUACGGACGCCGUGCUGUUCAGGACCAUGGGAGGGAGAACGGCCAUCAGGACGGAGCAGUACGACUCCAGGUGGCUCAACGAGCCCGUGUUUGUUCAGAUCCAGCAAAUCCCCGACAGUGCAGAAAGGAACGACGACAAGCUUUACUUCUUCUUCCGCGAGAAGAGCCUGGACUCCAGCGGCGGGGCGAGCCCCAGCGUUCUGGCCCGGGUGGGAAGGGUGUGCCUGAACGACGAGGGGGGCCAGAAGUCCCUGGUGAACCGCUGGACGACGUUCCUGAAGGCCCGCCUCGUCUGCUCGGUGAUUGGAGAAGACGGGGUGGAGACGCGAUUCGAUGAACUACGAGAUGUGUUCAUUCAGCCCACACAGGAUGAGCGGAACCCCAUGGUGUACGCUCUCUUCACCACAGCGGGCUCCGUGUUCAAGGGCUCGGCCGUCUGCGUGUACUCCAUGGCGGACAUCCGCAACGUCUUCAACGGGCCGUUUGCCCACAAGCACGGACACAACUACCAAUGGACCGAGUACACCGGCAAGAUUCCCUACCCGCGGCCCGGGACGUGUCCGGGAGGCACCUUCACUCCCGGCAUCCGAUCCUCCAAGAACUUUUCGGACGAGGCUGUGAAUUUCAUCCGAGCCCAUCCCCUCAUGAUCCACCCGGUUUACCCCAUCCACCGGCGGCCCCUGGUGGUGAGGACCGGCGUGGACUACCGCUUCACCGCCCUGGUGGUGGAUCAGGUGGAUGCCGUGGAUGGACGCUACGAGGUCCUCUUCCUGGGGACAGAUCGGGGCACUGUCCAGAAGGUUAUCGUGUUGCCAAAGGACCCGACCAGCAUGGAGGAACUGACUCUAGAGGAAGUGGAGGUUUUCCGGUCCAGGGCUUCAGUCAAAACCAUGAAGUUAUCCUCUAAAAGACAACAGCUGUACGUGUCCUCGGACGCGGGGCUGACCCAGGUGUCGCUGCACCGCUGCGGUGUGUACGGCAGGGCCUGCUCCGACUGCUGUCUGGCCCGAGACCCCUACUGCGCCUGGGACGGAGAGAGCUGCUCCGCGUUCACCCCGUCGACCAAGAGGUCAGUCGACCCCCCCCCCCCUCCCAGCCGUGUGUGUUGGUUCUUAAUUCUGAUCCUUCUUUUCCUCAGGAGGAGCAGACGACAGGAUGUGAAGCACGGCGACCCGCUGAGGCAGUGCAGGGGCUUUAACGCCAAAGUGGAGAAACGUCUGAGGGAAACGGUGCAGUUCGGGGUGGAGGGCAGCAGCACCUUCUUGGAAUGUCAGCCUCGCUCCCCCCAGGCCUCCGUCAAGUGGCUCUUCCAGGGGGAGGGCAAGAGGAAACUGCUGACCCGCGUGGGAGGUGUCCUCAAGACCAACCACGGCAUCCUGCUGAAAUCUCUCAACCAAUCGGACGCCGGGCUGUACCACUGCCUCGCCACGGAGAACAACUUCAAGCACACGGUGGCCCGCGUGGCGCUGCGCAUCCUGGACCGAGACAUCGUCUUGGCUCUCACCGAGCAGGACGUGGACGACGGCGGCGGCGAGGACGACGAGCCCAAGACCCUCCAAGCGGGGACGCGCCAGCAGUCGUCCCUCGUCUCCACGCCGUUCCCGCCUGAGAUAAGGCUGAUCAACCAGUACUGCCAGUCCUACUGGGAGAAACUCAGUCCCAAGCAGCAGCAGCAGCAGCAGCGCAAGCGCACCAGCCGCAGGCACACGGAGGGCCAGGACCAAGGCCUCGGCUAGAGUACGGAGCGGGCGGCGUCCAGCGCGGGCCGGUGUGGACGUUUUACGGUGGACUUUUGUGUUUGACGUGCAUGUUUGUGUGUCACCUGUGUUCGUUAGGCAGGUGAUGCUGUCAUGCUGUUGCUGAAGUACUAUAUCUGUGGUUUGGUAAGUGUCGGUAUAUUUUAGGGUCAUUUGUGACCACUUCCCAAAGAAUAGCGUACAUUUUUUUUUAUUUUUUCGGGUAUUAGAUUGUGGUAGUUUGACUUUCAAAUCAAUUUAUAGAUGUGAUAGAGGAGUAUUAUGGUCACCCAUACAUAGAGCAGUUCAUAGGAGGAUGUUUUUUUUAUAUUUCUUUUCCAUUUUGAGAAGAAACAUCAAGCUUUUGAGAAUGAAUCAAUCUGCUAGCGUCUGCGCACACAAUGAUAUUCACAUUUUAUUUUCAUAAUGGGAAUUAGAAAAAAUAUGCCAAUUUCAACCUAUUAUAGUUGUUUUGAACCGUAACAAGUGCUUCAUUCACUUGAGAAUCAUGGUGGAAAAUUGAUUUUAGGGCAAAGAAAAAGAACAACCAAAAAGUGGUUUUCCCAACAUCAUUCUUUGCUUACUGUCUGUAUUUUAGGCGUCAUUUUCUUAUAACUGACAUUUUCUGUCAGCUGAUUGUUAGAUUUUGGAUGGUUGUUGGGAUGGAUCACAUUUAGUAGUUACUAGGCUUCAACGUGCAGAACCACAGGUAUGGGACUGUCAAAUACCUUGAAACAGAAAUGUAAUAUAUUGAUUGUGAAUAUAAUAUAUAUGGUCAUUGGAUUACACUUGUACUGUAUGAAGUUGAUAUAAAUGCAUAUGUUGCAUGCAUAUGUUUUGUUUGUUGCAAGUUGUACAUUUUACUUGGUGUGUAAUGUUUGUAAGGUGUAAAGUAUUCUGUUGAACUAAUUCCAUUGGUUUUGUCAUGUUACUGUCCUGUGCUCAGUAUGUUGAGGAUAUGUUUAGCAUACAGUAAUCUUCCAGUUAUGCACUUUGUUGGUGUUCGUAUUUGAGGGAAUUUGGGAUCUUUGCACAGAUGUAUGAGGUAAUGAAAAAGGACUUUUUUUUAAUGUACAGAAUGUCAUUAUAAGCCUGGGAAUAGAACUGGCUCAGAUGUAGUAUUGAUGUUUUUUUUGUCAUAUGCUGUAUUUCCAGACUUUACAAAUUGCUCUUUUUAGUGGAAGCGUAACAAACGAGGUUUGUUUUCUAGUCGGAGUCACCAUUCACCGUCAUUGUGAGCAACACAGUGCUUUAAACAGGAUGAACCUACACUGGAACGUUUGAACAAAUACAUAAAACGUUUCAAAAAUC